AAAAAGAAAUCCCAAACUGAACAUGAUUUUUUCCCACCACUGGGAUUUCCCUUUUUUCCCCCGAAUUUUUGGUCCGUGGAACCCUUUUUCCCACUAAACCCUGGUGGAACAGGGAAUGUUUUCCCACGGGAGGAUGAGGAGGAACAGCUCGAUGGAAGAUGACUCAGGAAGCGGGAUGGGAUUUUCCUGAUGUUUUUCCCGAGCUCCAACCCCCUCUGGAAAACGCAAAUCUCGGCUUCCAGCGACCAUAAAUCCGAGGACAAAGGUUGAUCCCAACCCCAUUCCCGAGGGAGCCGUUGGGUCCUUCCCUGCUCAGAGCCCGAGGGACUCUCACGGGAUUGUCCAUGGAUUCCCGGCUCUGGUGGCUGGUGCUGCUCCCAGUCCUGGCUGCAGGUGGAUUCCUUGGCCCUCCCAAAACUCGCAUCCUUGGAAUCAUCGGGGAUAGGGUGGUCCUGCCCUGCCAGGUGAGAUCCACACCAAUUCCCGAGGAUUUCUCCGUCCGCUGGACAUUCCGCGGCCAAUCCCAGCGGAUCCCCGUGAGCAGCUACAGCGGAAAGGGCCGGAGAGAGGAGCCCAGCGAGCGAUACUGGGGCCGGACGGAAUUUUUCCACGGGGAAUUCCGAGCUGGGAACGUGUCCCUGCUCCUGAGGGACGUCCGGAGCUCCGACCAGGGAUCCUACAGCUGCGAGGUGUCAUUCCAGGAUGUGUCCCAGGAAGUCUUGAUGGAGCUGGAAGUGGCAGCCAUUGGAGAAUCUCCAUCCGUGCUCCUGCGGAGCCCCAGGAAGCAGAGCCUGGGCGUUUCCUGCCGUGCCUCCGGGUGGUUCCCGCGGCCGCAGCUGCUCUGGCUGGACGGACGUGGCGAGGUCCGGCCGGAGCCGAUGACCACCACGGCCGAGGUGAUGCCUGGGGGACUCUUCAGCGUCGAGGCUUCCAUGAGGAUCCAGCAGGGAUCCGACCUGGAGAUCUCCUGCCGGGUCCUCAACCGCCGGCUCAACGCCUCCCGCGAGUCCCGGAUCCGCAUCCAUGACAGUUUCUUCCCCUCCAUCUCCCGGUGGCUGCAGAUUUUCCUGGUGGUUUUGUUCCUGAACUUGGCCCUGAUUUCCGUCGUUUUCUGCCUGCUCCAGGCAAGCCACAAGAGAACUGUGAAUGCAGGAAAGGCAAAUCUGGAAUUGGAGGAAGAGAAAAAGAAAGUGAAGUCGGUGCUGGAUGGAGAAAAAGCCAAGAAACGAGAAGCAAAAAUCCAGUUCAAGAAACGCUUCGGUCAGCUGAAAGCCGAGCUGGAUUUCUGGGAAGUGCGGAGCCACUGGAUUUGGGGAUUCAGGGUUUCUGUGAUUUUGGGAUUCAGGGUUUCUGGGAUUUGGCCAUUCAGGGAUUCCGAAAUUUGCGGGUUCUGGGACUCAGGGAUUCCGCAGCCCCUCAGUUCCUCAGCGGCCGCAUCCCCUGCAGUCCCCGGGAAUAUCCCAAUCCCUCACGGACCCUUCCCGCUCCCCGCAGUUCCCGUGGCGCUGGAUCCCGAGCCGCGGCCCCUGGACCUCGGGGACGCGCAGGAUCCGCUCCCGCUCCCGGUUCUGGUGGCGCGGGACUCGCUGGGAUCCGGAUACUGGGAGGUGGAGCUGGGCCGGGAGCAGCGCCCCGGCCUCGCCGCGCUCGGCGUCUUCCUGCAGCUGGAAAAGCGACAGCUGGAAUUCUACGACGUGGAGCGGAUGGAUCUGCUGGCGGGGAUGCCGCUGGAGGCCGGGGAGGAUCAUUCGGGAAAGUUCUUCCCGUUCGUAUCGCAGUCGGGAGAGGGGACGCCGCGGAUCCGCCCGGUGCGCAUCCCGGUGCCGCUGGAAAUCCCCGGGGAUCCCGGAGAGGCUCCGCGGGAAGAGGGAAAUGGUGAAAAAUUAAAUGCGGGUGGUGGGAGUUAAAAAAUAAUCGUGAAAGUUUUGGGUUUGUUUUU